CUUUUUCUCCUUCCUUAGGAUGCUUCAAACAAUUAAAGACUGGUUCUGGUUGGAAGAAUUAUGGCUUCCUCCCACAAUGAAAUGGUCCGAUCUUGAAGAUCAUGAUGGACUUGUCUUUGUAAAACCUUCUCAUUUAUAUAUAACAGUUCCUUGUGCUUUCUUAUUGUUGAUCAUCAGAUACUUUUUUGAACGGUUUAUUGCCAUACCUCUAGCAAAGACUUUGGGCAUAAACAAGAAAAUCCCAAAGAAGAUUCAGCAAAAUCCUGUCUUAGAGAAUUUUUUCAUCCAAUCCAACAGGCAUCCUUCCCAAAAUGAUCUAUAUGGUCUAGCAAAGAAGAGUAACCAAACUGUACAACAAAUUGAAAUAUGGUUUAAGAGACGGCGUGAUCAAGAAAGACCUUGCAGACUAAAAAAAUUCCAGGAAGCUUGCUGGAGAUUUACGUUUUAUUUAUUCUUAACUAUUGCUGGAAUUGGAUUUCUAUAUGAUAAACCUUGGCUUUAUGAUCUGUGGGAAGUUUGGAAUGGCUAUCCAAAGCAGCCAUUGUUACCAUCUCAGUACUGGUACUACAUUUUAGAGAUGAGUUUUUAUUGGUCUCUGCUGUUUAGCCUUGGUUCUGAUGUCAAGAGAAAGGAUUUUCUAGCCCAUGUCAUCCAUCAUCUGGCUGCUUUAAGUCUGAUGAGCUUUUCUUGGUGUACUAAUUAUAUUCGCAGUGGGACAUUGGUGAUGCUUGUCCAUGAUGUUGCUGACAUUUGGCUUGAGUCUGCAAAAAUGUUUUCUUAUGCUGGAUGGAAGCAAACCUGCAACAUUCUAUUUUUCAUCUUUGCUGCUGUGUUCUUUAUUACUCGCCUAGUAAUUUUCCCCUUCUGGAUUUUAUACUGCACAGUUAUUCUACCUCUACAUUACCUUAAGCCUUUCUUCUCAUAUAUUUUCCUCAAUGUGCAACUCUUGAUUCUGCAAGUCCUUCACCUCUACUGGGGUUACUAUGUCCUGAAAAUUCUCAGAAAAUACGUAUUGAAAAAGGAACUUGAGGAUGUAAGAAGUGAUGAUGAAGAAGACUCUGCUGAAGAGGAUGAACCAGAGUGUUUGAAGAAUGGUCGUGGGGCAGGCAGGAAUCCAAUUCCCAAUGGUCAGCCUGGCCAUUAGGUCUGAACCCCACAAUCCCUCAUGUAGUGCUGUCUGAUUUUGUGGGGGCAUCUAACUCAAAGUGCUGCACAGAACUGAGAAUCACAGGCUCUUCUGUACCAUGGAUGGAUUUAUUGCUGCUUGCAAAGCCUUGAGAGAAGCCCAAUUCCCCAAAGUGCCUCCCCUUCUACCCUAUUUUUAUUUUUAUUUUUUUUUUUGCUUAAGAAAAAUUUGUUAAUGGGCUGGUCAUCUUGAGGUUUUGUUCUUUUAACAUUUAAAUUGGUGUGUGAAACAUUACCUAAUUAUUUUACAGCAUUUAAGGCUUCAAUUCAGCAAGAAUUUUAAAAGUUUCUCCAGAGAAAAGCUUAAAUUAUAAUUAAGUUAAUCUUACAUUUCAGAUAUUUUGAUUUUUAGAAAUCUGUCAUUCUUUUAUCCCCUUACCUUCAGAAUCUGAUUGGUACUUACCCAUAACUUUGGAAGUAUUAACAGGACUUCUUCACAUAAGCUUUAGUCAUAAUAAGAAGAGGAUUGGAAUGUUGUUCAGUUUUCAUAAUAAUUCCACACAUUUUGAAAGGCACAGUUCAGCUUUUAUUUAGUCAGCUAUCCGAGGCAGAUAGAAAAGGAAUUUCCUUCUAAUGUCAAUAGUGUAAAAUGAAUCUAUAUGCUUUUCCUUCUGAUAUCACAGAUAGCCAUUUAACAACGUGCUUUCUGGUGUGUUUUUUGUUGUUCUGUUGUUUUUUUUUUUUUUAAAUAUCUUUUAUCCUGGACUUUGUUGGACUGUAUGCAGGAAUUUUGUACUAAAGCAUUUUAUAUAGUUAUAAAAUACAUAAAAGUAUGAGCAACCAGAAGGAUAGGAGAGGGGAGACUUCUAGUUAGAACCUAAUUUUACCCACAUGGAACAAAGGCCCUCAUUUCUAGGGUAAUUGCAUCCUUUAUUUGCCACCAUAAGGACUUAAGGGAACAUAAGUAGAACUGGGGAUACACAGGAGAAAGAAUUAGAAUUCUACUAUAGUCCUAGCUGGUAUCAUUUGUUCCACCUUCUUUUCUUUCAGGUUAUAUCUCCUAGUGGUAUUUAGUUAUUUUUGACUUCAUGAGUUAUUAAUGUUGUGGCAUUUGCAAGAUUAUCACUAGGAAAUUAUACCUACCUAAUAGAUACUGGAGAUGUCAUUGGAGACAUUGGAUUUCUUUUAUUGUAUAGCCUGUGGAUCAGUUAGUCAACACCAGCAGUUCAUUGUCUAAUUCAGUCUUCCAUAGAGUCUACUAUACACAUCUAGUUCGUGGAAAGUCAACAGUCACCUAUUAACCAUUAAGGAAGAGGAAGACUUUCUUUCCUGUUUUUGCCUUCCCGUUUUUAAAAUACAUUAGGGAUGGGGUAUAAAAAAGACCUUAUUCUAGAUUUCCUUUAUGUAGAAUUUCCCAAUGCAUUAAAAUAAAAAUUUACAAAAUAAUUUUAAAAUAUUUUAAAAUACAGUUUUAAAAUACGUUUUUAAAAUUUUAAAAUAAAAUAUGCAAUUGAGUGAAUAUAUAGAAAAAUGAGUGACCAAAUGAAGUCACUAGAUAUUGAGCCCACAUGCUAAAUUGCCUCAUCUGCAUUAGGGAGGUAAAAUCAAAAUACUAAUUUUUUUAAAAGCUUAAAACAUUGGAAAUAAUAUGGGAAAGGUUGCAAAUUCUGGAUACAAAUGAGAUAAGCCAAAUCAUUGGCGAGGUUAUUGGAAGAUUGAUGGAUAUUCUGAAGGAUGUAUUGUUAUGAAAGGGGAAACUGCAGAAAUUAUGGGAAUCAUUUUUGCAGUAUAGAGUAUUGAUGGAUUUCGUGGUGCUAGAAAAAUGAGUUUUCAUUCUUAAUGAGAAUUUCAUUCAAUACAACAUGUAUUCAUUAGUGCAAGGCAGACAAAGACAAAAUAAAGCGUUCCUCUUCUCAGACAGCUUUCAUUCUACUGGAGUUGCCUAGAAAACUCAUGUUUGGAGUCCUAUUGCCCAAAGGCAAAUUCCCUGGAGAUUAAUUUAUAUGAUAUUAAACUAUUCUUGGAUUUGCUGGUAACCAGAAAUUUACUUGUAAAAGUUUUUUUUUUCCUUUUGACCAGAAUUCAUUUUUCUUUCAAUUGCUCUUAUUUUGUUUGCGUGUGUCAGUUGGUACCUUUAUCAUCUCCCUUUGAUGAAUGGCCUAGCAAACUCUAACCACAGCAUCGAACAAAAAUGGGAGAUAGGAUUGUAGAGACCAGGUAGCCAUUUACAUAAGGAUUGCUAUGUCAUCCUGGAAUGUGAAGGACAUUGAAAAACCUCUAAAGACAUUUCUGAACUUUCUAACCAAAAAUAUAAAAAGAAACAAAGCUACUUUGAACCAGAACAAAGACCUUACACAUCUUAUGUCCAAAGAAGUAUUUUUGUGGGAUGAGAUAAGUAAAUAGCUUAACAAAGAGGAUAUUCAUCUUCCAUCAUAACAUUUGCUUCUAUGUACCCAAUAGCAUUUGUAAUAUAUGUGAUAUAUAUGCAAUUGUAUAUGCAUAUACAUAAAUUCACAAACACUUCUUCAUGAUUUUAGUAGUUUUUAAUGGGAGGAGGGGGAGAAACACACUGUUGUCCUGCUUUAUUGUCUCCAUUUGGGUAACUAAAUUCUUCUAGAUAUCUUUUUGUCUUGUCACUGUACAUAACAUAUGCUUGCUUGUAUUAAAAUGUAUUCCCAAACAUAAUUUGUGCACUGUGUCCAGUCCUACUUUUCUAGUUUAAAAAUUAAAAUUAAAAUUUGAAAAGGAAA